GGUGCCGCGGCUCCGACCAGAGCCGAGAGCGCCCCGCAGCGUGAAUGCCGCCGGCUGCGGAGUGGAUGACUGCGGCUGCGACCUGCUUCCCGGCCCGCCCGAGCCCCCUUCCCCGCCGACUUUCUCUUUUGAUUAACUCCGUGGACGCCUGAGUCUUUUCCCGCCUGGAACAUCAAUAUGUGUCAUGUCAUCGUCACCUGUCGCUCGAUGCUCUGGACCCUCCUGAGUAUUGUGGUGGCUUUCGCAGAGCUCAUCGCCUUCAUGAGCGCAGACUGGCUCAUCGGGAAGGCGAAGAGCCACAGCCGCAGCGGCGCCGAGCCGGCUGGCCCGGACGGGGGCUCCCCGGAGUUCUACCACCCCACCUUGGGCAUCUACGCGCGCUGCACGCGGAACCCCGGGCUGCAGCACUUCCAGCGGGACAUGCUGUGUGGGCCCUACGCGGAGAGCUUCGGCGAGAUCGCCAGCGGCUUCUGGCAGGCCACCGCGAUUUUCCUGGCCGUGGGGAUCUUUAUUCUCUGCAUAGUGGCCUUGGUGUCCGUCUUCACCAUGUGUGUGCAGAGCAUCAUGAAGAAAAGCAUUUUCAACGUCUGCGGGCUGUUGCAAGGAAUCGCAGGUCUAUUCCUUAUCCUUGGUUUGAUCCUCUACCCUGCUGGCUGGGGCUGUCAGAAGGCCAUAGAUUACUGUGGACAUUACGCGUCUGCCUACAAACCUGGAGACUGCUCCUUGGGCUGGGCCUUUUAUACUGCCAUCGGUGGCACAGUCCUCACCUUCAUCUGUGCUGUCUUCUCCGCACAAGCAGAAAUUGCAACCUCUAGUGACAAAGUACAGGAAGAAAUUGAAGAGGGGAAAAACCUCAUCUGCCUCCUUUAGCUUGGAAGAGACACUAAUGCCAUUUUCUUCCUUGAGUAAUCUCAUGAAACAGUCCACUUCCAGGUUCCUCAUUUGAAUCAAGUGGAGAACUAGCCUUUAGCUACCAAAGCCACAUUGCACAGUCCCAGGCCUUAACAGGACCCAGAGAGGCAACAUCCAGCUAAGCAAAGUUACUGGACAUGAGGACUGCAGUGCAAACUAUAAAGGAUGGAACAUGAAAGUAGUACAUAAACUCUUACGUGUAGUUGCCAAGUUCUGUCGGACUCCAUGUCCCCCAAGGCUCAAUGAAGGAUGAUGAUAGAAAUUAUUAAGGCAGCAGUGUCUCUGGUAAUGGAAGCC